UGAAAUAAAAUCAAACAACAAAACUUAUGUAUUAUUUUUUUAUUGUAAUUGUAACUUCUUAACUUUCGAUGAUAAUUCCAAUCUAAUUUAACAUAAAACUCAUUUUGAGCUCAACAGUUCUUUCACAACGAUGUUGCAAUGCAGUAUUUGCUGCGCGUACUGGAACUCUACUCCAAAGAGCCUUUGACACUCCACAACUCGCUGGGCGAUACGGUGAUCGAUGUGCUCGUUAAAAUGAUACGAGUCGUCGCAAAUAUGAGCGUGAAUGCCGAGGUUGGCAUUGGUUUGGGAAAUACACACAAUCUGGGCAUCAUCAUGCUCAAUCUAUUGAAUGCCAUUACGCACAUGAAGGCCAUACAAUUGAAGAGCGACUUACAGGAAUUGUUGCAUGCCACACUGGGCGCACUACACAAUCUAUGCUUCUAUCAGGAACAGAAUAACACACCGGCACAAGCGCUCACAGCCAAGGGUUCAUUGCAAUGUGUGCUCGGCGAUUUAGCCACAGCACUCUUCUACGCGCUGAAGUCUUGCCGCGACGAAGCAUCACAAGUGGAGACGGCUCGUGUAUUGGGCAAUUUGACACGCAACGACAAGGCACGUCGCUACUUCUGUCGCAACGGCGGCCUGGCGCUGAUCGUACAACAGCUGUCCGCAACAAAUACCAGCCAGGCGUACGAUUUCAAGGCCUGUGCCAUUGGUGUGCUCGUCAACUUGCUGGGCGAUGCUGAAAAUCGUGCGCCAUUCAUGCAGCAUAAAGGCCCAGAGCUAUUGCACACGUUGCUGGGUGCUGCGCUACAGGAGGAAGAUUGGUUCUUGGCCACAAUCAUUUGUCAAGCAAUGUGGAAUCUGCUGAUUGACGCUAGCAAUGUGGCCGAUGUAUGCCAGGAGCAAAUAUUAGAUGAUAUUUGUGAUUUGUUGGUCGACUACUUGGAUGAGGAGCGUUUGUUUGAGCAUAGCACACGGCCGGACGCGGUGUGGGAGGGAUUCGCGAUAGUGGCGACCGAUUUGUUGGAACGCAUUCAGGCCAGCUACGAUAAGCAAGAGCUAGAGGAGGCCGAAGAGGCAGAGAAGCAAAAACAGAUGCAGCAGCAGCAGCAAUUGAAAGCGAGAAAUGAUAAAAACAAUGGCGUAGACGGGGGGGAAGACGAUGAAGAUGAUGUUGUUUACAUUGAAGAAAUGUGAAAUUUAAACGAUUUAAAUGCGGGAAAUUUGUAUGAAUAAACAGCUUGAGCGAUAAAUUACUGUCCCACAACAAAACAAAAGAGCAAUAAAAAGGAAACUUAAACAGGAAAAGAA